AUGGACAGCUCCCCGGGCGCCCGGGCGCUGAACGGUUCGGGGAGCCCCGAGAAAGCGUUGGGAGAUGAGCUCUCGGGCCCGUUCUCGACCGCCUGGACCAUCGCCUUGGCGGCGCUGAUGGCUCUGCUGAUCGUGGCCACGGUGGUUGGCAACGCACUAGUGAUGCUGGCCUUUGUGGUGGACUCCAGCUUGAGGACACAGAACAAUUAUUUCCUCCUGAACUUGGCCAUCUCCGAUUUCCUAGUAGGUGCCUUUUGUAUUCCAUUGUACAUACCCUAUGUCCUCACUGGAAGAUGGGCCUUUGGAAAAAGCUUUUGCAAACUCUGGCUGGUGAUGGAUUAUCUGCUGUGCACAACUUCAGUCUUCAAUAUCGUUCUGAUUAGUUAUGACCGAUUCCUGUCUGUAACCAGAGCGGUCUCAUAUAGAGCUCAGCAAGGAGACACCAAGCAAGCCGUAUUCAAGAUGGUGAUGGUUUGGGUUUUAGCUUUCUUGCUCUAUGGACCUGCAAUUAUCAGCUGGGAAUACAUAUCUGGGCGAAGCAUCAUCCCUGAUGGGGAAUGCUACGCUGAAUUUUUUUACAACUGGUACUUUCUCAUCACUGCCUCCACCCUUGAGUUUUUUACCCCUUUCAUCAGUGUGAUGUUUUUCAACUUGAGCAUCUACCUGAACAUACAGAAACGUACCAGGGUCCGCAGGGAUGUCCUUCAUGAGAGCCAGAAUUUCAUGGAAGAGACAGAAAUGAGCCCAGAGCCCAAGCUUUCCAUGAAAUGCUGUAAGUGGGAGGAAAAGGAUCCAGCCACCGACAAUGUUCCAAAGUGGGACAUUCCAGAAGAAAAUGCCCAAGGAAGUAUAAAUAUAAAGCAUUCACAGGACUCUAAUACAGAAAAAAAACCUUCUAGCAAAAGGAAUUAUAAAGACUUGGCAUCCACCCUUUCUUUAGAGAAACGGUUGAAGGUGGCUUCCCAAAAUAUGUCCCAGCGUUUUAGGCUCACUAGGGACAAGAAAGUAGCAAAAUCACUAGCCGUUAUUGUGGGCAUAUUUGGCCUUUGUUGGGCACCGUAUACACUACUCAUGAUUAUCCGAGCUGCUUGCCAUGGCCACUGUAUCCCUGAAUAUUGGUAUGAGGCUUCUUUCUGGCUCUUGUGGGUCAAUUCUGCCAUCAACCCCAUCCUCUACCCACUCUGUCACUACAGCUUCAGGAGAGCCUUUGUUAAACUCUUGUGCCCAAAGAAAUUGAAGAUCCAGCCCCACAAUUCUCUCCAAAAAUGCUGGAAGUAA